GCGUUUGUCCUCAUUCCACAUUGCUCCGUUUGCGGUUUGGACGUUCGUUCUGAGUAUUUUACUUGAUAGUGAUUCGUUUGUCAAUUGUUUUACUCCUUAAGCCCCUUGGUUGUCCUUAUCUGAUCUCCGACGAAUCAGCUGGGCGGCGGGCGUCCGCCCACGCGCCCUGGCGGCGGCCAGCACGCCGGCUGAUUUACUUCCUGGUUGUGUUCCCUUUAUGGUUUAUUGCCUUUUAAGUUUUAGUAAAAAGGGGGUUUAAGUUGGUUGAUUCAAUGUUCCUGCUAUAGUUUGCGUGUAUUAUUUGAUUGUGCCUUGCUUUCGUUAACGUUAUAAUACGUUCCCUCCCACCCCCAUUGAUUUCCUGUGGCGUAAUUUCAGUUUGUUUGUUGAUACUGGGUGUUGGUCCGGCAGUUAUCUCACCUCAAUUUGACCAAAAAUUUUAAAUAAAUUUAUUAUUAUUGCGUAUGUUAAUUUAAUUAUUUAGGUAUUGCAUUAGUUUUAAUAUUCGAUUUAUAGUUGUUAUUUGUUCAGUUUAUUACAUUUAAAUAUAUAACCCCCCCAAUCCCCCAAUUCCCUUUAGUUUACAUCCCCCCUCACCCCAUUCAUAUAGAUAAAUAUAUAUAAAUACAUAUUUAGUUAAUAGGUUAAUAAUAAUAAUAAUAAUAAUAAUAAUAAGUUCAAUUUAUUGGUUAGUGUAAUUAGCACUUUAGGUGUGCUACUUCUUAUUAAAAAUUGUCAAAUUUAUAAUCUGGUUGUGAUUGCAAUUUGGUACGUUGCAUAAUUGUUGUUGAUUGGUUUUUUACAACCAUGCCACCCAGGAAGGCUCAACAGAAAAAAGGAGUGCGAGUUGUGAAACAAACUACAAAGCACCCUCCACCCCAGCAGAACCUGUCUUCUGAUGAAGAGGAGGAUUUGGGGACCAUCCGUGCCUUGGUGGCUAGGGUGGAGGCGCUGGAAAAGGAACACAUGCGGCCACUGGAUGCUGAUGCUGGCACGAGUUCCGCUCCUGCAGGGCGUCUGGGUUUGCAGCACAGCCUGUGGUUGCCUCUCCUGCUGCGUAUACAGGUGAGCCAAUUAUGCACUCACAAGCUUACAAUACACAAGCACAGGAUUCCAGUGCCCUUAACAGGGAUACACCAACGGCUGGUUCUCCUUUGUUGGGAGAUGCUACGCACCCAGUAGUGUUUAUGGGAGGUGUGUUGGUACCCCAGCACCCACAGCUUCCUUGGCCGGCGGCUGCUGUGAGUCCUUGGCAGCCGCCUUUGACUUCCUCUUCUUCAUCACCUGCUUAUUUACCCCUGCCACAUGGGGUUUAUCCUCAAGGCGAUACCUCCCUUCUGUUAGGUGAUCAUUUAUUGUUAGGAACGAAAGAAAAAAUUUGGAGGGGAGAGUAUAUCGAUCUCUUUACUCUCCUGUUUUGUGAAACUGAGGUUAAGCUUAAAGAUGGUCAAGAAGUUAAAGAGCGUGAGGCGGCGAUAACAAGAAAAGUGGAUCGGGUAUGGCCUAAUUGGUUGAACGCCUAUACGAUUUAUAUGGGUGUUAUGACACAGGCUUAUCCGUCUAGGGCUUUGUCCAUGAUAAAAUAUCAGGAUAUUGUGCAUCGUGCCUUCCGUGAAUUCUCUGGAACCGCUUGGUUGUGGUAUGAUCAGAAUUUCAGGCAAAGAGCAGCAUUGGAUCCCACCCUUCGUUGGGAUAUUGAACAUGCAGGACUGUGGUUGCGAUCUAUGACUUCCGCCAGGCCCACUACAGGAGAUAGAGCCGAUAGUGGGCAUUUAUUGGCAUGCGCGCAGACUUCCGCCUCGGGCUACAGCCAAGGCGGGCAUUGGGUUCAAUCCCAGCAAGUCUGCUGGUUAUUCAAUAGCAGUGGCCGAUGUUCUAGACGUCCCUGUAAAUUUAGACACGUCUGUGCACUGUGUGGAGGCAACCACUCCAGUUCCUCUUGCCAGAGGGCACGUACUACUCGACAGGGUACAGGGGAGCAUCAACAGCAAAAACGCGGGUCUGGCAAUAGCGGCGGUACGUCGCAAGGCCAGUAGCCCGAUCAAGCUGGCUUCAUUAGCAAAGCUGUUAGAGCUUUAUCCCAAUAAGCAGGCUGCUAGUUUUAUACUUCAGGGUUUUAAGGAUGGAUUUCGUAUCCCUUUUGAGGGUCCUAGGAUUGCUACAUCGUUUGUCAAUCAGCCCUCUCUCAGUACGUUAGCGCCCGUGGUUCUGGCCAAGCUUAAUAAAGAGAUACUUGCUGAUCGUAUCUUGGGCCCCUUCAGUUGUCCUCCGUUUGAAAAUUUGAGGAUUUCCCCUUUAGGUAUUAUCCCUAAGAAGCAGCCUGGGGAAUAUCGCCAUUCAUAAUUUGUUUUUCCCGAAAGGAGCCUCUGUCAGUGAUGGCAUUUCCCCAUUAUAUGCCUCAGGCAGAUAUACUUCUUUUGAUGAGGCAGUGAGAGUAGUUAGGAAAGCUGGAAAGGGGGCUUUGCUGGCAAAGUGUGAUAUAAAAUCCGCUUUUUGCCUUUUGCCUGUACACCCUGCUGAUGUGGAUUUGCUUGGUUUUAAAUUUCAAGGUCAGUUUUACGUAGACAGAGCUAUGCCAAUGGGUUGUUCUGUGUCUUGUGCUGCUUUUGAAGCAUUUAGCACAUUUCUUGAAUGGGCAUUGAGGAUGAAAGCAUCGUCCUCCUUCUCUGCUCAUUAUCUUGAUAAUUUUUAUUUGUGGGGCCUGCUGGGUCUUCUCACUGCUCCCAUCUGAUGCAUUCCUUUGCCACUUUAACUGACGAAUUGGGAGUCCCUUUAGCUCCUGAAAAGUCUGAGGGCCCUACUACUUCCCUUAUUUUCUUAGGGAUCCAGUUAGAUACUGUGGCUCAGACUUCACGUUUGCCGCUUGAGAAGUUGGUUGCACUGCGUCAACUGCUUCAUUCAGCCCUAGAGCGGAAGAAGAUCACCUUGGCCCAGUUACAGGAAAUUGUGGGCCAUUUAGUUUUUGCUUCUAAAGUUAUUUCACCCGGUCGUGCAUUCCUCAGGCGUCUAUGCGACGCCAUGCGGGGAGUUCAAUCCCGCUUCCAUUUCAUAAGGAUUACGUUAGGGAUGAGGGAGGAUUUGCACAUGUGGCUUGAAUUCAUGACGGAUUUCAAUGGCCUUUCCUUUUGGAGGGAGGAAUUGCUAUUAGAAGCAGAAUUACAGGUCCAUUCCAGUGCUGCCGGUGGCAUUGGCUUUGGAGUAAUCUUUAGAUCCCAGUGGUGCGCUGAGCGACGGCCUGACAGUUGGCAGGCUACUGGAAUUACUUCUGAUUUGACAUUUUUGGAAUUUUUUCCAAUAGUGGUAGCUGUUCAUAUCUGGCCAAAGGCAUUUCAAAAUCGCACAGUGCGCUUCUGGUGCGAUAAUAUUUCCGCAGUUAGCGUUAUUAAUGCCCAAACUUCUGAGUCUCCUCGUGUUAUGCGCUUGGUGCGUGCAUUUGUAUUACAAUGCUUGCGCUUUAAUAUUUUAUUCAUGGUCAGACAUGUUCCAGGUUUGAUGAAUACCGUUGCUGAUGCACUUUCCUGCUUACGGAUGGCGCGCUUUCAGGAGCUUGCACCUGGAGCGGCUCUGGAUCCAGUACCAAUCCCACCUUUCCUGUGGAACCUUGGCAACUAGAAGUUGGGGUUGCGAUUGCUGCGGCUCUUGCUCCCAGUACUCAAAAUGAGUAUGAGCAUUCAUUUGCUAAGUUCCAGGCUUUUCGCAUGGGCACAGAGCUGCCGUUGGAGUGGCCUAUUCCUGUGGAGCAUCUAUUGCAAUUUAUGAUACAUUUAAAAGGGCACAAUAAUUCUGUUUCUACUAUUGCUGGUCACCUCUCGGCGCUAGCCUUUAUUUCCAAGGCAAGGGGGCUGCCGGAACAUUCUGUAGAUUUUAGGGUCAGAAAGGUCCUUGAGGGUUGGUCGCGUUCUGCUCCCAGGGCCGCUGACCGGAGGAGGCCAAUCACGCCCGAUGUACUCCUCCAGAUCCUGGCACUAUUUAAUUCUUUAUGCUCAUCUCAGUAUGAGUCGCACCUGUUCGCUGCAGUAACUCUGACGAUGUUUUAUGGUGCUUUUCGCCCUAGCGAAGUAUUGGCCCCUUCUAAGCGUGAUGUGACUCAUCGAGCCUUAUGCUUUGGCGAUUGCACAUUAGGUGCAGAUAUAGUGAGGUUUUCACUGAGGGUCUCUAAGACCGAUCAAAAGGGCCAUGGCAGUAUCGUGCUUUUACGAAGUAGCCAGGUCCAGGUAUUGUGCCCUGUGUCUGCAAUGCGACAAUUCUUAUCCAUUCGGCCAGCGGGCCAGCGUUAUUUGUUCAUACAUGCGGAUGGUUCUGCCCUGACUCAAUUUCAAUUUUGGGCCGUUGUUCAGCGGGCCUUGUUGGCCAGUGGUCGCAAUGCUGGAGUCUAUGGGCUGCAUUCUUUCCGGAUUGGUGCGGCUACUGCCGCGGCCCUUGCGGGCAUGAGUAUCAGUGAGAUACAGGCGAUUGGCAGGUGGCGUUCCAAUGCAUUUAAGUCUUAUGUCAGGUUUUAACAGAUGACUUUGUUUCUGUUUCCUGUAGGUUUGAAAAACAUCUCAAUUCCCGUCAGGAUCGUCUUGUGUGGCCACUCAGUUGUGUUUUGGGCUCACCUCGUCUGUUCAUGGAACACAGUUGCAGCUUUCUGCCACAGCUACGGUUCAGUGGGAACCCCGGAGGGGCAUGUUAUGGGAUGCGUUGUUGCCUGCUGUGUGCCGGAUCAUGUCAUUGACUGACAAGCCGCACAUAUUAUUAAUUCAUUUGGGGGAAAAUGAUUUGGUGCAGCGUCCAGGGUUGGAUUUGCUGCUAAAAGUUACCCGUGAUCUCACGUGGCUUAUCAGAUCAUAUCCCAAUCUUAUACUUGUAUGGUCUGAAAUGCUUGUUAGAAGGGUUUGGAGGGGUGCUGUUCACCCCAACAAGAUAGAUAGAGCUAGGAAAUGGGUUAAUAGGAAGGUUAGGGAUUUAGUUUUGUCCCUUGGCGGGGCAAUUAUUCCUCACGAUAGGAUUAGAUUCCAUGCCCCGCAUCUAUUUCGGGAUGACGGUGUUCAUCUUUCUGAACAAGGGUGUGACCUGUUUUUGGAGGAUCUUAUGGGGGGAUUAAGGGGAUUGUUAUUCUCAUUGGGUGGAGGGGACCAAGCUUAAGCUGAUCCCCUCUUGUGGCAUAUCAUUCGGGCAGGUGAGGUAUAUGGGGGUUAAAAAUUACGUAGUUAAGGCAUCAUGAAAAAGGGGCACUCCCUAGGGAACCAUCAGGGCUUUGUGUCCGGUGGGGAUCUGGGUUGUGUCCUUGAGGGACCUGCUUGCACAUCAUGGUGAACGCCUGUACAGCGGGGCCAUGGUGUGGAGGUUGGAACCACACAGCUGGCUCCAAGAGCAAGGAGGGAGGAAUUCACCCACAUCCUUGACUAUGGAGUUACGUGAUGAUGAGAAGUGAUGCCUUUAGAAGGUGAGGGUGUAAUCCCUCAUAGUUAGGUUUAGCCUCACCUGCCCGAAAAGAUAUAGAUUUGAAUAAUUGGCUGUAUUGCAUUGGA